AUGUCCUGUCAGCUGACUAGCAGCAUCUUUGGCUGUUACAACACACAGGUUGCUGUGUUCAAAGUGCUCCUAGCUUGCUAGCUACUACAACCUCGAACACCUAUGCGGCUCGACUAGGGUGUUAUGUUACGUAGAGCCAAAACUGGCGAAGGAGCUAUAUACUUCCCGCAUGGCAUUUCCCAAUAGGCUUUGAAACGUCAUAUGUCAUUGCUUUGACCAACGAGCCAUGGCGGAGUGAGCCUGCCUCGGUUAGUGCCUACAAAAAUACGUCAUUAAUAUUGCUCUCUAUUUAGCAUAACUGUUUACAUAGUAAGAAUGCUGAAUAUCACAUAACUGAUGUGAUUUCAUCAGUAUGUGGUCAUUAAUAUAAUUUGUUACAUUUGCAUAUACAGUAACAAUUAAAACAUUAAUAAUAUUGCAAUUUACGGCAGCCUAGCCGUUCUAGUUUUUUUCCGUGCACAUCUAUGGUGCGAACAGGGGCGUCGUAGGUGAAUAUCCUGUCAGCUGACUAGCAGCAUCUUUGGCUGUUACAACACACGGGUCGCUGUGUUCAAACUGCUUCUAGCUUGAUAGCUACUACAUGCCAGAAUGCCUAUGCGGCUCGACUAGGGUGUUAUGUUACGGAGAGCUAUAUACCUGCGGCAUGGCGGCAGAAAUACAACCCAAACCACAGACUCGGACGCCUGUUCUGCUCAACAAAAUCGAGGCUUCCCAAGAUGUUGUGAACACUGCCGUUAUAAUUCCAAAGGAGGACGGGGUGAUCAGCGUCUCUGAGGACAGGACGAUCCGGAUAUGGCUGAAGAGAGACAGUGGCCAGUACUGGCCCAGCAUAUACCACACUAUGCCAGCUUCUUGCUCCUGUAUGUCCUUUAAUCCAGAGACCAGGAGGCUGUCUGUGGGAAUGGAAAAUGGAACCAUCUCUGAGUUCAUCCUGUCUGAAGACUACAACAAGAUGACCCCAGAAAGGACCUAUCAGGCCCACCAGGGCAAAGUGACAGUGGUGCUGUUUGUGUUGGAGAUGGAGUGGGUCCUUAGUACAGGACAGGACAAGAACCUCACCUGGCACUGCUCUGAGAGUGGAACGCCGCUGGGGUUAUACCGCACCACCGCCUGGGUCUCUGGACUACAGUUCGAUGUGGAGACGAGGCACGCCUUUGUGGGCGACUACUCUGGUCAGGUGACCAUCCUGAAGCUGGAGCAGGACAGCUGUAGUCUAGUCACCACCUUCAAAGGACACACCGGCAACGUGACGGCACUGUGUUGGGACCCGGCCCAGAGAGUGUUGUUCUCUGGCAGCUCAGAUCACUCCAUCAUCAUGUGGGACAUCGGGGGACGCAAAGGCACCGCCAUAGAACUGCAGGGACACAAUGAUAAGAUCCAGGGCCUGUGCUAUGCGCCACACACACGUCAGCUGAUCUCCUGCAGCUCAGAUGGAGGCAUCGUCAUCUGGAACAUGGACGUGACCAGACAGGAGACCCCAGAGUGGCUGGACAGUGACUCGUGUCAGAAGUGUGAGCAACCAUUCUUCUGGAACUUCAAACAGAUGUGGGACAGUAAGAAGAUUGGCCUGCGCCAGCACCACUGCAGGAAGUGUGGGAAGGCUGUGUGUGGAAAGUGCUCUGCCAAGCGCUCCACCAUCCCUCUCAUGGGCUUCGAGUUCGAGGUGCGGGUGUGUGACAGCUGCCAUGAGUCCAUCACAGACGAGGACCGGGCGCCCACUGCGACAUUCCAUGACAGCAAGCACAGCAUAGUUUACAUGCACUACGAGCCCACCACAGGCUGGCUGCUGACCUCUGGGGCCGACAAAGUCGUGAAGCUCUGGGACAUGACUCCAGUGGUCUCCUGAGGGUCAUCGUUGACAGGGAGCAACAUGGAGCUCCAUCCACCUAUCAGGUGAGAGCUUACAGCCUGGUGGCCAUCAUCCUGAGAGGAAGAGGGAAUGUCCACAAGAACAACAACAACAACAACCACCACCACAACAACAUCUAAACAACCUACAACAGCUGAGCAACAUCCACAGAACCUAGAAACACCAGGUCUUUCUUGCCUGUCCUCGUCCCUCUUGGUGACUAAACGUGCAAAGCUUUACACUGGCUGCAUACAUAAUUCCCUAUAUUCUUUGGUUUAUUAUUAUUAUAAUAUUUAUAAUGUUUUGUAGUAAAGGGAACUCUGUUUACCUACUGAAGAACAAAUACAGCUAGUCGGGCAAAUAUAAAGCUUAUAUUGAAGUGCCUUCCUCUUAUCUUAUUAUAGCUUUCCCUACGAUAAACAGAAAGCAUGAAAAAAGUGGUUUAUAAACCAAUAGUUGUAAAAUAAAUCGAAGCACUUAAUGUACCUGGGUUAUGAAUAUCAGUUAGAUAUGUAACUUGUACGUACAGUAGCAAGAUGGAAUACUCUAAUAUAAUCAUGAAACUCCAGAAGGUCCCAAAGUUGACCUUAUGAGGCUCAUCGGAUUUACUCUUUGCUUUUAAGCUGCUGUAUAGUUGCAGUGGGCAAAAUACCCCUGUUUCUGGGUGGACCCUGUUUCAGUUGAGGUGUCAGGAGGGUCAUAGCCUAAUGUAAGGGAAUUAAUCUCUUACCCUAUGAGGUACGGAGCCUGCUGGUUUUCUGUUCUACCUGAUAAUUAAUUGCAACCACCUGGUUUCCCAGGUCUAAAUCAGUCCCUGAUUAGAGGGGAACAAUGAGGUCCAGAGGUGAAUUUGAGAGGACUACUGUAUAGCUUCUAGUCUCUCUGAAGGUCAUCAUACAUACACACAGCUGGUGAACAAGUCUACAUGUGGUAUCUCACUGUCAGGUAAUGGUUGAUCGCCACAGAUGUAGGGAACUUGGAGAAAUAUAUGUUUUUCUUUUGUUUCUUUUUUAUGAAUACUGUAUUGCAAACUGAUGUUCUAGUUUAGGCUUGCCAAUUGAAAUUGUAAAUCAUAAAGAACAAGUUCAUUCCAGUAAUCUUUUUAUAAUUUUAUUGUAGAGUUAUUUAAAUGUCACUUAAUACGCUUUUGACUUCGGUAGUGGACUUAGGGUGGCAAAAUUCCAGAAACAUUCAAUAAAUUCCCUUGGUUUUCCAGAAAUCCUUGUUGGUUUCCUGGUUGGUUGUUGGAUACCGGAUUUCCUGCUUAUUCCAGGAAUCUUCCAACUGGGAUUUCUGGAAAAGCAAGGAAUCUAUUGAAAGUUCCUGAAAUGUUACACUGGAUUUGUUUUCUAGGCAGAGCCACUAUUGUAAAACCACAACCACAACAACCUGUCUGCAUGUUGAUAUUUGUGUUAUACAACCAUAAUUAGCCAUGGUCAUUUUUCAUGAAUACUAGCAUGUUGAUUAAUCAGUCACACAUAUCUUGAGCCUAAGCUUAUACAGAUCUACUGCUGGAGAAUGGCUGUAUGAGGCUCUAAUGCUAUUUACAGUAGUAGUCAGUCACUGACUUUAAGAAUUAUACUAUUCCUAUCCGUUUCCUCAUUUAAUGACCUCUGUACAGUUAUCAUUGUUGGAUGUAAAAAGGUAUGAGUUCCAUGUUGAUUCAUACACCAAGACUGAUUUACAAUAUCUGAAUGACUGCUGAUAUGAUUUGAAAUAAGUUUAUCGUAUUGUGUUUUUAUGUAGCCUGGAUACCAGUCUGUCUUUCUCUGCAUUCGUCAGCGUGUUGUCAUUGGUAACACUGAUACUAGUGUUGUUAAAUGGAUGAACUGUCAGUCUGGCACCCAGGCUAGUGGUUUUGUGUGGUGCAGUAUGAUUCUCACAGGUUGGUGCUGUACUGUGUGUGUGUGUGUGCACGUAACCCAGGGGGGGUUAUCACAAAGCAAGAUUUGGAAUCAGAGAAUCAAGAGCUACAGUGCAGUAUAUCUGUUUAUCAAAGUAAGGUAGCUAACUCCUUGAUCCUGCUCUGUGCCAUUUCCCUCAGGUCUUAAUGUGCGGUUUGUCCAAACAGCAGGUUAUUGGAGAUUUCUAGUCUGUAAGAUUAUCAUUCUUGCAUGUCUCAUCCUAGUCCUAAAGCUGAUCUGGGUACAGGUCAUCUGAGUAGAGAUGUGUGCUCAUAUCAUUCCAUAAUUUAAUUUCCCCUUGUACUGCUGUUGAUGUACUCAUGUUUGUAUUUGAUAAAAUGUAUGUGAGGUGACUGAA